AUGGCUACCAACCCAACCUCCCAAUCCCACCACAACCCCACAACUGAAGACCCCUUCGACAGCCUCCUCACCCUCGAGGACAAUUUGUACACAGCCGCCUACUCCCUCGGCGUCUCGGAUGGCGCACACGCGGGCCGCAUCGAGGGCCGCAUCUUCGGCCUCGAGAAGGGCUUCGAGAAGUUCGCCUCCAUGGGAGAAUUGCACGGCCGGGCUUGUGUCUGGGGGUCGCGGAUUCCUUCGCUUGUGAAAACCCCCACCACCACAGCAUCUCAAGUCAACGAUGCUGAUGAUGGCCAGUUGGCGACGGAGGGGAAGGAAGGGAAAGGGGGUGAUGGGGAGGCUAAAGGCCUGCCGGAACUGAAAGAGACGGAACGAUUGAGGAGGAAUGUGUCGACGCUACAUGGGUUGACUGAUCCUCUGACAUUUUCCACGCUCAACACUGAGGAUGCGGUGGCGGAUUUUGAUGAUCGAUUCAAGAGGGCGGGCGCGAAAGCUAAGAUUAUUGAACGUUCUGUCUCUGAGUCGGAUGCUCAGCAGCAGCAACAGAUUUCUGGUUCGCAGGGUCCAAGCUCUGCGAAGACUGCUGGGCCGAAGAAGGGGAGGAGUGUGAAGAUUUUGGGGGAGACCAAGAAGGGGAAGGACGAUAGCAUGGAGGAUUUCUCUGGUUCAAGAUUCCUGGCUUGA